AUGUAACGGCGCUCCAGCCCGUUACCGAGACUCUGCGUCUGAGAGCGCUGUCAGGGGAGCACGUGCCAGCGCAGAGGAAGCGCGUGAAGUUUCUGUGGGAGCGGACGACCCGCACCGUGCGUGUUCAGGGGCGGCCAGCGCGGAACAGCGGUCCACCUGCGUGAGCAAAUGUAGCAGCAGCGCGGCGUGACCGGACAGAGUUGAGAGGAAACGGCGGCAACGCGGAGGCGGGCUGGGAAACGGCGCGCAUAUGACAUCCCCUCUGGUCCUGAAUCCUCGCUGGCCAGCGGACGCGGUGAUGUUUGUGUAUGACAACAACCUGGACGACAUGAACAAGAACAUGGACGGACUGGUUGGCGGCGGGAAUUUUGCAACUGCGGCUAGUCAGUGCCGCAACAUUAUGGCGCACUCGGCGGCCGCCGCAGCCCUGGGGGGACACGCGUCCGGCCUGAUGCACUCCUCAGCCGGCUUCUCCGCGGUGGACGUGUCCACCUCAGGCUCCGGAGAAACCGUGGCCACCUCUGGGAAGCAGUGCGCAGCCGGACAGUGCGCCGCCGCAGCCAUGCCGCACCAGAGCUCUUCCGCCGCCACCGCGCUGCCCUACGGUUACUUUGGAAACGGCUACUACCCCUGCAGGAUGGGUCGAGGCUCUCUCAAAUCGUGCACCCAGGCGGCCGGAGCCGCGCUCAGCUCGCAGUACAUGGACACGACAGUGAGUCCCGACGAGUACCCGAACCACCGGGCGAAGGAGUUCGCUUUUUAUCACGGAUACCCGAGCCCGUACCAGUCCAUGGCGAGCUACCUGGACGUGUCGGUGGUCCAAACGCUGGGGGCCGGGGAGCCGCGCCACGACAGCCUGCUGCCCAUGGACGGUUACCAGCCGUGGGCCCUGAACGGCUGGGGGGGUCAGAUGUACUGCUCCAAGGAGCAGGCGCAGGCGGGCCACCUCUGGAAAUCCGCGCUGGCUGAUGUGGUGGCGCAUCAGCACGACGGCUCGCCCUUCCGCCGAGGCCGGAAGAAGCGCAUCCCGUACACCAAGAUCCAGCUGAAGGAGCUGGAGAAGGAGUACGCGGCCAACAAGUUCAUCACCAAGGACAAGCGCAGGAAGAUCUCCGCCGUCACCAACCUGUCGGAGCGACAGAUCACCAUCUGGUUCCAGAACAGGCGCGUCAAGGAGAAGAAGUUCGUGGCCAAAGUGAAGACCAGCGCGCCGUAAAAGCCUGCAGUGGAACUCUACUCCCGAACCAUGCACGCGACCGACUCUUGUCGCGCUCAGAGAAGAACAAAGAACCAAAGCUCCGUCACAUAAACUCACCCGAGUCUGUACAUAGCUGUUUCUGCCUGCUUGCUGUCAUGUCUGUUCCGUGUCUUCGUGUUCGUGCGUUCGGGCCCAGUACAGCCCAGAAUCCUCCGCUCUUCCUCUUGACCGUCCUUGAACCAGUAACUGAUAUAUGGAAGUCAUAAUAAAUUCUUUUAGAAAGAACUAGUUCGUGUCCAGACGGGUUUAUCUUUUAAAAUCCUCUUGUUUCCAUUAAUAAGAGUAAACGAACCGAACCUAAGAACUGAUUCGCAAUGGUGGAUCCAGCCGCAUCCUGGACAUGCGCGACCAGAACCAGCAAACUCGCUAUAAGCAUCAACAAACAAAAUAUAUCAAAAUAUAUUUUUUUCCAUCUUAAACCUAAAUUCUGCCUCUUUUUUAAUUUGCAGAACCUCAAGCUUUUCUCAUAUUUGGGUCAAUCCAUU